CUUUGUUUCCAGCAAUCAAACCAAAUGAAGCUAAAAUAGAGCAUAAAGGUAUGGAGUUAGCCUUUCAGUCCACAGAAACUAUUGAAAUCCUGGAAUGGCAUAUUAUAGCAAAAUACUUUGAGUACCAGUGGGGCAUCCCAUUGCAUAUCCAACAAUCUAUAAACAAAUUCAUUCCAAUACCUCCAAAACUGGCUCGAUCACAUUUUAGCCGGUGUCCUAACAUAGAUAUUUCUGUUUCUAUAAAUGAGCUAAUUUUCCUAAGUGAGGAAUUUAAGGAAGCAUUGGAAAUAAACAUAAACAACAGGAUCAUUAAUCAGAAAAAAGGCAUUCCAAACUUUAUUCAGGCAUCUUUGAAUAGUUUUAUACCUCCUGUUCCACCAGGAAAUGAUUUUGCGCCAUGGUUACAACCUGGAGAAAGGAGUAACACAGGUUUCCGUAGAUCCGAACUGACCAAAAUCAACACAAUUUUAUCAACUGACCAAAUAUUUUGUGCAUGCACAGUCUCUUUGGCAAACUCUGAAAAUGAUAAAGUAAAUAGCUGUGUUGAUAAUUUGGAAGAAUUUUCAGUCAGUCCAAAAUUGGAAUCUAAGAAUAAAAUGAAUUCUGAUGUGACAAAACAAUCGUUUGAAAUACAAUCAGUCUAUAGAUGUUCUUACUCAGCUACAAGUAAAAGUUUGCUGAAACUAAAUACCCCUUACAGAAGAUUGAAAAAACAAAAUUUGAAAAGCAAGUGGGGUGAUGAUUGCUUUGAGGUAGAAUAUCCCAUAGCCUCACCCAGCUAUAGAGCAAAAUCUAUGAAAACUGUGGGUUCUUCAACUUGGACAACAGACCAGAAACUGGCUGAUUUAACCUAUAAACCAAUGACUAUUGUGGGACUGUCUCUAGGUCCAGCAAUGAUAGAAGCAAAUGUAUCUUCAUCCCCCAUGAUUGUGCAAGAUUUUAAUGUUUAUGUAAAACAAAAUAUGGGUUCUGCUUUUUUGUCACGUCCAGUUCCUUAUGCUGAUUGUGAAGAAAUCUUAUCAAAAAAUUCAAGAGACAUUGAUAAUGAUGUGCCCUGUUCAGAAGAAUUGACCCAGGAAGAACAAAACCAUAUUCAGGAAAAUGAAAGACAUGGUUAUGUCAAAAUAGUUGCAGGUGCUAUUGUUAACAAUCAGAAUGAAGAACAAAAAGCGAAAGUUGAUCUAUCAGAAAUAAAUUGUGCACAGUCAACACCCACAAAACUUGAUGAUAAUACCUUGCAAAAGCGAAUAAUUGUUACAUCUCAAGAUCCUGAUGAUGGAAACUAUUUGAGUGUUUCUGAUGAGGAACUUCAUGCUGCCUAUUGUGAAAACCUCAAUAAAUCAUACCAUACUUCCAGAACAUAUGUUGCAAAGAAAAAGUGCAAGAAAACAUUUCAAAGUCUGUAUUCAAGUCAAACAAAGCCAGACAAGAAUUUGAUGAAGUCAAAGGCUAAGUUUUCCAAACAAGAUUGCCAGAGACCAAGAACGAUUAAACAUAAAAAAGAAGGAACAAAAUCAGAAUUAAGCAAUGAAAACAUCCUUUUGGUUCGUCCCCCUGCUGAGCCCUGUCGGUCAGAAACAGACCAAAAAGAGAAAUCUUCCUCUUUUUCCUCAAACUGUGGCCAAGCAGAAAGCCCAGUGUCAACAAGAGAAGCAUCUCACAGUUGUAGACAUGAUGAAAGGCCCUCACAGAGUUCUACAGCCAAUAGUCUAGGAUGUCAGCAAGCAUCAUCACACGAGGAAUCAUCAUUUGCAACAAAUAAAGACUGUGAAGUCUAUUACCAGUGUGAGAGUCCAUUAUUGUCACACACAAAACAAUAGGACAGAGGGAGCAAGAGAACCUAUGAUGGGUAAUUUUCAUCGGCAGAAUUUUGUAAAACUUACAAACACAAGGCAGGACGUCAGUGAAGCAAGGGACUGUCUUAUUGCUUGCUGAAAUGAUUCAGUUACAUCAUGUAACAUUUCACUUGCUUAAAUAAACAUCAGAACUGCAAAGUGAA